GCUCUCCCUUCAGCCCAACCUGCCUCGCCUGCGCUCGCCAUGGAGGAGCAGAAGGAGACGCUGCAAAGGAUUGUCUCUACUUUAGCAAACAAAAAUGAUGAAAUUCACAACUUCAUAGACAUGCUGAACCAUACAAUAAAAAAUGUUCAGGAAAACUCUUCUAAUGUUAUCUCUGAGUUGGAUGAAGAAUUUGAUGGUCUGUAUUCCAUACUGGAUGAGAUGAAAGGAACUAUGACGAACACUAUUCAACAAGAAGAGGCUCGUAAAAUUCAAGCUCUACAGAAUCAACUUAGCCAGUGUAGUAGUGCGCUGGAGAGUUCUGAAGAACUACUAGAACUUGCUGCACAGUCACUGGACAUAAAGGACCCUGUCGAAUUCUCAAAGGCUGCCAGACAGAUCAAAGAUAGAGUUACAAUGGCUUCAGCAUUCCGUAUUUCCUUGAAACCAAAGGUCAGUGAUAGUAUGACUCAUCUAACGGUGGACUUCUCCCUGGAAAGACGGAUGUUGCAGGCUCUGAAGUUUUUGCCAGUCCCUAAAGCUCCGGAGAUAGAUCUUGCGGCAUGUCUGGUUGCUGAUAACUGUGUAACAGUAGCAUGGAGAAUGCCUGAAGAAGACAACAGAAUUGAUCACUUUAUACUGGAGUACAGGAAAACUAACUUUGAUGGUCUUCCUCGAGUAAAAGAUGAACAGUGUUGGGAGCUAAUAGACUACAUUAAGGCUUCGGAGUACACGUUAUCAGGUCUGAAAUUUGAUACAAAGUAUAUGAACUUUAGAGUACAAGCUUGCAACAAAGCUGUGGCAGGGGAAUACUCUGAACCCGUGACUCUGGAGACCAAAGCAUUUGUGUUCAAUUUGGACAAUACUUCAUCUCAUCUGAACUUGAAAGUUGAAGACACUUAUGUUGAAUGGGAUCCUACUGGAGGUAAAGGCCAAGAAAAAACAAAAGGAAAGGAGAAUAAAGGCAGUGGCCAGAAUCCUGUACUGAAGAGCAGUAAAAGAAGUGGUACACCAUCUCCAAAGAGGACAUCUUUUAGCCCAAGAUCCUUAACAAGGGGAAGCAGAGAUCGUUUCACUGGUGAAUCAUACACAGUGUUGGGAGACACUGCUAUUGAAAGUGGACAGCAUUACUGGGAGGUUAGAGCCCAGAAGGACUGCAAAUCCUACAGCGUGGGAGUAGCAUAUAAAAACCUGGGAAAAUUUGACCAGCUGGGAAAGACUAAUUCAAGCUGGUGCAUCCAUAUCAACAACUGGCUGCAAACCACGUUUUCUGCAAAACAUAAUAAUAAAGCCAGAACUUUAGAUAUACCUGYUCCAGACAGAAUAGGAGUGUACUGUGACUUUGAUGGAGGUCAACUCACAUUUUAUAAUGCAAACUCAAAGCAACUGUUAUAUACAUUCAGAACAAAAUUUACUCAACCAUUGCUACCAGGCUUCAUGGUCUGGUGUGGUGGACUUAUAUUGAGUACAGGACUGCAGGUGCCAAGUGCUGUGAAAACUCUSCAGAAAAGUGAAAAUGGAUUGAGUGGUUCUGUUGGCAGUCUAAACAAUGUUACCCAAUAACCUGUCCAUUCAAACAGUUUUAUUGCUGAUUGUUUUUUCUGUAUAGUUGCUACUCACGGAAGCUUGUGAGGCUUGGAUUAACCUGCCUUUGCUACCCACUGCUGUUUUAAGACCUGGGUACGGCUAGUGCAAAUGUUUUGGACUAAAGUGUUAGGAAGAAGCUGCUGUGAAUCCAUGGAGCCAAACAGAAAAACACUGUUAUUUAUUUGGAAAGCAGAUGGGGAAAUCAAGAAGUGUAGCUAUGUACUUUUCUAAUACUGCACUUGUAUUUUGUUAUGGACUUGGAAUAUUCAUUGUGUUAUAAAUUUUAUUUUUCUAUGAGGAAUAUGACAAAUGCUAUUUUCUUAGCUGUCCUAAUAUGCAACAUCUGACAGUUUUUAUUGUUACUGAGCUUCCACAUAGAAUUUGAUAUGACAAACACAUUUCAGAAGAAUACAUUCAUGUAAGAGGUUGUAGGCCAGCCAUGAGUAAAGAAUCUGACAAAUCUGUGCUGAUAAAGAUUGUUUCCCAUAAAUCACUUACGUGUCAUAUUUGAAGAUUGAGUACAGCUCACGUUUAUCACAAUUUAUAGAAAAUACGAACAUGUGAAGACAUUUAAAUACAUUUUUGCCAUCCACAGAGGUGUAAAAUAGCCAACUAUUGAGCUAAGUAGCACUUUACAUAUGAGAAUCAGAAGCAAAAAUAAGGAUUUUUAAAGCCACAGCAUUGUUUCUGAAGUGUUCUUAGYAUUGAGCCAUCAGUAUUGAUCAGACCAUUUCAGAAAGGAAGGACAAGUUGAGCCACUAGUCCUCGUCUGUCUGUAGCAAAACUGCAUCACAGCCGAGACAGGGACCAGAGGUGAGAGUGUGAGCUCGAAUGCAGUCCCCCGGGCAGGAGGGGAAGCUCUUGCUCAAGUUUCUUCUGGCUUUUACUGGAGCACCUCCAAGGCUGGUUAAGACUUCUCAAAGAGCUCUCAGUAUCAUAGUCUGUCCUGAGCCGAGGUAGCCUCUGAGCUCCUGGUGGUGAUGGAUGUGAUCUCAGCCCCAGGAGACCCUUGAGGAAUCCAUGUCCUGGCUAGCCCAGCAACCAAAGACCCACCCAAAUUUGUGUGAUUUAUUCAUAAAAGCAGUUUAUCUAUAGCAUUCCACUCUUAACAUACUGUUUUGUAGCAUGUGCUAUGUAUGUGUGGACUUCUGAGACUGGCCUUUACAGGACUCUCUGCYUAGGGCAAGUGGAAAGUCUGAAUUGGCCAAGGAAGCGCUUCACAAACUAACAUCAGAUUUGCCCUUGGAACUCCUCUUUUGAAUCACGUGAAAUGGAGUAUGAGUGUUUUGUCAUCUCAAUUCUUAAUGGAAGCUUGUUAGUAAUAAUAGUCAAAUAAUUAAUGGGGAAGCUAAAAAAGACAAAAGAUAGCAUGUUAUUCUUUGUGGAAGGUCCUAAAGCUUUUCAGUUAGAAUUACAUGUGCUUUUCUACUGCUUAAGUCUGUUGUCUUUCCUCUAAUCAAGUUAAGAACACUAGAAAUUUUCAGAUCUAUGUUUGAAUUAAUGGUGUUUCCUUAUUGAAGAUUUUUCACUCACCUGUUUCAAAUUCAUACCGAUAAUGUCUAGUGAACCAACUUCUUUUCUGUAGGGCCAAAGUAUUAUUUGCUCUGUAAAUCUUUUCAUCCAUAAAAACAUGGCCUUUCUGUUGAUGUUAAUACUUGUUAACAUCAGUGGGUCCUUUUCGUCUAUCAAAACCUCCUAAGAAGAGAACUUGCUUGUAAGAAACUGGUAGUAUUCAGUGGAAAAGCAAAUUUGAGUCUUAAUUUCAGUACUUGCUUCAGAAAGUUUUGUUCUUGAGAAAUUUUGAGUUUGGCAGUAAGGUUGAGCCCUUAAUGUUCAUUUUGUACGUCAAACUUGAACAUCACUAAAAAAAUUCAUUAUGAGCAAAACUAGCUGUAAUCUCAUUAUUUUCAGAGGAAAGCUUAAAAGCAAUUACAGUUGAGCUGCACCCUCCUUGGUCAAUUGAGUGCUCUCAGCCUUGAAAUGUAAAGGUACUGAAAGGUGACAUGGUUGUUAAAUGAACAGCAUCUGAAUCUGUUUAUCACAAGUACUGCUAUCUGUAGAUAAAUAACUGUGARUGAACUGCAACACUAUGUAAGAGAAUUUAAAUUAACAACUUGUUUUAGGAARAUGUAGUGAAACCUGCAAGGUAAAUCUGAUUAUACACAAAGUGUAUUUUUUUUCUAAACACUGUUAGAGUAGUAUAGUCUGAAAGAACCUUGAAGUAUUUCAUGCUGUUAUUUGAUUCCCAAGGUUUUGUUUAACUGAUAUCCUAGGUGGACUUAAUGUGUGACUUAAAGGUUGAAUUUAUUAUAUAAUAGUUUGCACAGAUGUCAAGUCUUUUGCUGCUAAUGGCUAGUCCCAUUAUUUCUAGUAAAGGGGAUAUACAUAAGAAUUGCCUUAAGCACUUUAGGKUUUUUUUUAGACUUUUUGAACAAGUAUCUCUUUCAAAUUAAGAACCGAUGUAUUAGUGAUGCUUUUUAGCAUUUGACACUGUUUGUAGGAAGUAAACAGGGGGGAAAAAAAAAAAAAAAAGUACUUGUGCAGCUGCAGAGCAAGCUCCGGAGAGCGACGCUGGCGGCUCGCGCAGUUACUGUUCUGGGGAUAGCGCCAGGGCACCGGCGCGGUGCUCCUGCAGCCGCUACGCGCCUCUGCUCUUGUAAAUACCCCGCUCUGCUACUCUCAGCUCAAACACUGGUAACUAAUCAGGACUUUUCUGCUCUAUUACCAAAACAAGAGUUUUUAUUAAUGCUACUUAGCAAACCGGUUAUUACUAUUCUAAUUGUCAGAAUUAUGUUACGAUAUAACUGAUUGUAAGGAACUGUUUUUCUCUUGAGUCCUUGUUUUAGUGAACUCUGACUUUCAUUGAACUCCAACAGGGAACGCUAUUUUUUGAAGAGAUUGCUCAAAAGCACCAGAUCAGAGUUAUUCAAACGCUGAAAGGUGCAGGACGGAGGCUGSCGGUUCUUCCUUCAGCCAUCCCCUAAG